AUGAAUUUGGAACUAACAACAUUCUCCUCACGUAACAUGGCGGAAACAUCUUCUGAUAAUGAUUCGAUUGAUUCAGCAAACGGGUUUCAAUUUCCACCACACAACUCUUGGAAGUCAAGAAUAAAACACUUUUUUUACUUGAUGUGGAAUGGUCCCUCAGAACCAAGAGAUGAGCCGGCUCCACAAAUAGUCUCUUUAGAAUUUUUAGAGAAUAUCCCAGAUAAGUUCAAAGAAAGAUUAUCGUCACGAUAUCGAAAAGCCUUAUUCAUUUUUUAUAUAUUAUUUUGGUUUGGGUUAUGCUACAAUAUACUAGUACCAUAUUUUACAGUACCUCCACAUAUAUCAACUGAUCCCAACAUGCAUAUCUAUACAUUAUCUUGCGCAUCACUGCCAGAGUUUUGGAAAGGGAAAAACGGCGCUUGUGGAUUGAAUGGGCAGUUAUGCCCAGAGAUUAUAAACACGGACAAUCAAAAGAAUAUUGAAAAUGAUGUCUUGAUAAGGUGCCCUGCCUUGUGUGACCGCUCAAGCUGGACAUAUUCUUUAAUACCAAUAGGAGAUCAAAGAAUCAAGUAUCGUGGAUAUUAUAUUGGGGGUGGAGACAAAGUCACCAAGGAAAUAGAUGAUAACCAGAUUACAAAUCCUUACCGAGCCGACUCCUAUCCAUGUGGUGCUGGGGUUCACGCAGGUGUCAUAUCACCAUUUUGGGGAGGCUGUGCAAGAAUGUCCUAUGAAAGUGGAGAACAAUCGUAUUUUAAAGCAAGCAAAGGUUAUUAUGGAGUAAGUGAUUCAAUCGAGUUUUCCUCGUUUUUCAAGUUCUCUUUUAUUUUUAAAAAUUUAAAGCUUGGUGAAAAAGUUUCAUUUGACCAAUGCUACGAUCCUAGGUUGUCAAUUUUAUUGAUCAAUAUUAUUCUAGGAAUUCCUGUUGUUUAUCUUUCUAGUGGAUCUGUGGCUUAUUGGACAAUAAGUGUCGUAGGCUUUUGGACUAUAUGUUUGGCAACUGAUCCGCCAGUAGAUGUUAACCCUAAUAGGGCUACAGACUUUCCUCGCUUGUUAUCGGUGGCGAUGGAAAGAUUCUUACCAUCAUGUUGUGUAUUAUUUGUGUUAUGGCAUGUUUCUGCAAAACGCACUUUAUUUGAUUUACCCUUAAAUUCUGAUACCAAAGUAUCUUACGUGAGUAGAGUCAUAUUAUGGUAUCCACUAUUUUGGCUUGGCGUACUUAACAACAUGACAUUUGAUAGGUUACCAGUGGACAGGCUAACUAUAAGUGAUUUGAAAGAGCAAUCAGGUGCAAUAUUGGCUGUUGGGUCGAUAAUUCUUACCAUUACCGCAUGUGCUUUUAUUCAAGCAUAUAAGAUUUGGUUAUCAGGAAGAUUCAAGAAGUACUUGUUUGUUUACUCGUUGUUCAUUAUUGGAUUGGUGUUUUUGGCACAACUACCUGGAUUGACUUUACGUGUACAUCACUACAUAUUAGCAAUGCUAUUGAUUCCUGGAUGUGCAACUCGUGGAAGAACUGCUUUAAUGUUCCAAGGAAUAUUACUAGGACUUUUUCUUUCUGGUGCCGCUAAAUGGGGGUUGGCGGCUAUUGUUGAGACAGCAGACUCUUUGCGACGUGAUGACCCUAGAGGAAAUAUUAUUCCUCCGAUCUUGACUGGAUACAACGAUACUACAGGUACGUUGGAAUGGACCAACAUACCACCACAACUCGAACUAACAAAAAUCAAGUCGAAAUUGUAUGAAAAAUACAGCUCUAUAUCCCUUUUGGUUAAUGACAUUGAAAGAUUUGUAGGUGAUAAAGCGAAGCGCAUCAAUUUAAAGGAGUUGCUUACAAGUUCCGAUGAUUUAACUGAAGAGAUUAAACGGGCAUUGGUUGACGGUAUGAAAGAUGAAAAUGGCGACAUACUGAUAUACUUGAGAAUUGGUCGCAAAAUUCCAAACACACAUCAUUAUAGUGAUUUCUCCAACGCAGCUAUAUUGAAAUGGCCAAGCGGUCAAUUAAAAUUACCUCUUCCUGGAAUAACAUAG